CGCCACGGAGUUGUUCCGUUCCCGUUCCCGUUCUCGUUCCCGUUCCCGUUGCCGGCGCCGCUCCCCUCGGGCCGGGCGGCGGCGGUGGCGGGGCGGCCGCGGGCGGUGGUGGCUUGUGGGCGAGCCGGGGCUGGGCAGGGUACGGGCGGAGGGCGGCGGCGGCGGCGGCGGGGAGGGGGAGCGGGAGCGCGGCGCCGCAUGCGGCGCUGAUGGAGCCGGGCUCGGGGCUGCCGCAGCGCAGGGUGGCGGGGGGCGGCGGCGCGCUGGAGCUCGGGGCGGGCUCGGCGGGGGGGUCGCCGGCUCUGUCCGGGGGACAGGCCCGCCGCAGGAAGCAGCCGCCGCGCCCCGCCGACUUCAAGCUGCAGGUGAUCAUCAUCGGCUCGCGGGGGGUGGGCAAGACCAGCCUGAUGGAGCGCUUCACCGACGACACCUUCUGCGAGGCCUGCAAGUCCACCGUGGGUGUUGAUUUUAAAAUCAAAACAGUAGAGCUAAGAGGAAAGAAAAUUAGAUUACAAAUCUGGGACACAGCAGGUCAGGAGAGAUUCAACAGCAUUACCUCAGCUUAUUACAGAAGUGCCAAGGGAAUUAUUUUGGUGUAUGAUAUCACCAAGAAGGAAACAUUUGAUGAUUUACCAAAAUGGAUGAAAAUGAUUGAUAAGUAUGCGUCAGAAGAUGCAGAGCUUCUAUUAGUCGGAAAUAAACUGGACUGUGAAGUUGAUCGAGAGAUUUCUCGACAGCAGGGAGAAAAGUUUGCACAGCAAAUAACUGGGAUGCGGUUCUGUGAAGCAAGUGCCAAGGAUAAUUUUAAUGUGGAUGAAAUAUUUCUAAAACUUGUUGAUGACAUUCUGAAAAAGAUGCCACUGGAUGUUAUAAGAAAUGAGUUGUCCAACAGUAUCCUGUCCCUGCAACCAGAGCCAGAAAUCCCACCAGAACUGCCUCCUCCAAGGCCACAUGUCCGUUGCUGUUGACUUGUUGCUCCAUACAGAGUGAAAAAUAGGAGUGGGAGGGUAAAGAAAGUAUCUAUAGUACUCUGCACUACAAUCAUUUGGCAGUUUCUUGUUGCACUUUGUUAUUCGAGUCAGAGCUACACACUAACUUGUAAAUAUGCAAAUAUGCAAUCCUGUGUAGGAUUCAGCUAUAUAACAUUUAAUUAUUACCCCUCUCCCUCACAAUGAUGUUUCAUUCAUUGCCCCAGUGUUAUAAAUACUGUACAGUUGGUUGGGAUUUACCACACUUCCAGUUGAGGAGGAGGAGAAGUUAAAUCUGUACCUAUUCUUGACAUAAAUGUUGUAAUAGUUCUUGUUAUUAUAAACAGGCAGGCAGAAGCUCUUCUGGUAUGAAGAUAAGUAUAUGGUGCUUUGCUAACUAUUUUAAAGACAAAUUUUUUAAAACAGAGGACUUUAUGUACAAAGCUUCCAUAAUCAGCAUUAUGUUUCAUUUUAAUGUAGUGAAAACAUUUUUGGCUGUAGCAUCCUCUGCUGACUGGAUUUAUUGAAAGCUAAGUUUAAUUUUUGGCAGUCUUAUUUAUUUUGUUUAAUGCUGAACCCUUUCUUUGUGUACUAAGACAUCACAUCUGGUGCAGAUCUAAGAUUGCACUCUCAAAUUGCAUAUAUAAUUUUCUGCAUAAGCAUAAACUUAAUUGCAAGAAUCAAUAAGUUUAAAUAAAAGAAUGGAGAUAUAUUCAAGCUCUAAAAGAAGGUAUAAAAAGCAAUGCUGCUGUCCUAGACAAAUUCUUUAAAAAAAAAAUAUUAAGGUAAUGCAUUUUCCUGUGUUAAGGAAUAUAUGUGUGUAUUUGUCUGGACAUCUGUAGGGUUGGGGGAGGGGAAAUUAAGGUGAAAUGAUUUUCUUUCCUAAUGGUGGAAAAUAUUCCCAUCAAGCAAAUACUGUGUUAGGUUUUUGUCUGAUAAUGAAUUUGUGAAUUAUAUCUUUGGUAUAUCUUUUAUUAAAAUGCACUGUUUAGUUUAGCUGUGGUAAAUCAGUAGUUACAUAUUUGAAUAACUUGGUGUGUCCUGAAUGUUGUGGUAUUGAAAAACAUUGUGGUCUUUCUAAACUAAUGAAGUGCAAAUAAAAUUUUGUAUUUAUGAA